AUUCUUAAGUUUUUGGUAUAUAUCAUUAGGGUUUUACUAGAAGACAGAGGUUCUUAAUUGCAGGUGCAACUGGCAGUAAUCACUUUAAUCACUCGAACGAUCAGUGAUAAGGUUUAUAUCCGGUUGUAAGAUAUCGGAGGAACUCGAACUGUUAGUUAAGGGAGCAGACAUCCCUCUAAGAUUUCAUAACUAGUCUAUUUUUUUUCAGACAUAACCUUAGAUUAAAGGGGAAUAACCCCACUAGUAGCCUACUCCCGGAUGAAAAACGGGGAUAAAUCUCACUAGAAGUAAUUAUUUCGUACCCCAAACAGCGUAAUAUAUACAUAUUUACAUACAUAAAUCGCAUCGGUAUCGAUUAACGUAACGAAUAAUGAUUUUUUCGUGGAGGAAAGAAUGCGACGAGGCGGAGACUAUAUCACGUGUCAGUAAGGAAGCACUCCUAUACGAGCACCGUUAAGCGAUGUAGGUCGUCUAGUAAACUUGGUCACAACCGCCGCUCACACUCAACCACAUGGCUGAGAAGAGGGGAGGGUGGAUGUACUGUACAUAGCUUUUUUCUUUUUUCUUUCGUGCAUUUCUUCACUGCCAUAUGACACUAGGUUGAAGCAACCGUAUCUGACAAAGGGACUACUAAAGUUGUGUCUUGUUUGGACUAGACUAUGCCUAUCACAAGUAGUAGUUUAUAGCGAAGAGAUAUUAUUUCCAGCACUCAAAAUAUGAAGUGUAUAUUACUUAUUUUCUUAUUUAUACGGAUAAAAUCAGCCGCUAGUCAGGCUUGUCAGUUUUAUCCUCUGGGAGAAACUAGAAGAUUCGAAAAAGUUGCAGAGAACAUUCCUGUAGAUCAUGAAGUGUUUAGGGUUCAAGUAUUUCCUAGAGUUGAGUUUCGAAUGGAUGCUAUGGAUAACAGUCUGAGCGAUAUACAGUAUUUUAAAGCAGAAAAUGUAGACGAUAAAACAAUUUCGGUUAAAGUGGCCAAAUCUUUAGAAGAUCUGGUAGAUAAGCACGAUCCGCAAAGCGUGUUAAAGUUUAAACUGACUUGCAAAGGUUCUAGUGGAACGGAGGAAGCAUUUUUACCUGUAACCAUAUACAUCGAGGAUAUCAACGAUCACGCUCCAGAAUUUCAAAAUACUCCGUAUCAUCUGGAAGUAGAUGAGUUAACUCCCGUGGGAUUAACUGUAUUCCGAGGAAUUCACGCAGUAGACAGAGAUAAACCAAAUACCGCCAAUUCCGACGUCACCUAUUCGAUUGUAGGUGGAAAUGAAAAUAAUUCUUUCGCGCUAUCUGAUCCUAUCGAAGGAAUUUUAGUCGUUAACAAGCCAUUAGAUUUUGAUCAUGGAGUCAGAGAAUUUCAAAUAAAAAUUCAAGCUUCGGAUCACGGAUCUCCUCAUAGUUUAUCUACACUAACCACGUUGACGAUACGCGUCAAAGAUUCUGAUGAUCAGAAUCCCAAAUUCACUCAGGAUGUAUAUAAAACUAGUGUUUUAGAAUCUUCUAAAGUUACUGGUGCGCGAAUUAGAUCUAAAUUAGUCUUGGAACCACCCAUCCAUGCUUAUGAUCAAGAUCUUGGUAUCAAUGCUGCUCUACGCUACGACAUUAUACACGGAAAUGAUCGCAAGUUUUUCGAGAUGCACGAACAGACAGGAGAACUAUAUUUGGUCAAAGAAGUUGAUUUGGAAACAUUGUCUAAUAAAAUAUUGGGAUUACGUAUACAGGCAACACAAAUUGAUAAUGUUCUUCGUCAAGCAGUAGCAAAAGUAGAUGUGGAAGUAUUAGAUGUAAAUGAUAAUUCUCCUGUAUUUGAAUUUGAUACGUAUAACAUCACUGUAAUGGAAAAUUUACCAAUAGGAUUUACUGUUGUUCAAGUUUAUGCUUUGGAUGAAGAUUCUGGAGAAAAUGGUCAAUUCUUUUACAAGUUAGAAGAAGAAUCAGAUGCGUUUAAUAUUGAUCCUCAAACUGGUGGAAUUACAGUGAAAGAUUCUUCUAAAUUGGAUAGAGAAACACAGGAUCUUAUCAGAUUAAAAGUAAGAGCAAUUGAUCCUGAUUUGGGUAAUAAUGGAUUAGUGCAAUAUUCUAUUCAGCAAGACAGUGUAGGAAAGAGUGUACCAUUCAGAAUUACUUCAUUGAAUGGCUCUGUUGUCAUAACUGAAGCAUUCAGUAAAAUAACUAAGAAACCUACUCGAUAUACUUUCUUUGUAUUAGCUACUGAUAGAGCAUCAAUUGAAUCUGAAAGGAGGACGUCAACAGCUGUUGUAAAUGUUGAUAUUAUAGAUGUGAAUAAUAAUCCACCAGAAUUUAUAGGAGCACCAUAUGAAGCUUUUAUUGGUGAAUCAUUACCACCUGGUGCAUUUGUCUAUCAGCUUCAAGCAAGAGAUACUGAUGUUAAUACUGUAUUAAGUUAUAAUAUUGUUGGUGGAAAUGAUGAAAAUCAGUUUACCAUUGAUCCUAAAACAGGGAGAAUACAUACAGCUGUUGUUAUGGAUUUUGAAAAGAGACAAAGUUAUGAUCUUGUUGUUCAAGCUUCUGAUGGUAUUAAUUCUGUUGUAGCUGGUUUGACUGUACAUAUUGUUGAUAUAAAUGAUCAACAGCCACGUUUCAUUCACAAUAUUUACAAUUUUAGUGUUUUUGAAGAAUUGCAAGCAAAUUUGACAGUUGGUUCAGUUCUGGCAAUUGAUGCUGAUUCUGGAAAAAAUGCAUUGGUGCAGUAUAAAAUAUUAGGUGAACAGGGAAACAAUGCAUUCUUCAUUGAUCAUGUGGGAAAUAUUUUAACCAGAAGAAGUUUGGAUCGUGAAAAAGAGUCGUCGUUAGAAUUUUUACUAGUUGCAUUUGAUGGAGGAACUCCUCAGUUGAGUGGUACUACUACUGUAAUGAUUCAGGUUGAAGAUAUUAAUGAUAAUCCACCACAUUUUGAAUCAGAUACAUAUAUUGUAAAUGUACCUGAAGAGGAAGACCCUCCUUAUAAAGUUUUUCAAAUAAAAGUUUUGGCUGUUGAGAAAAAACCAAAUGUUAAUCCAGAAGCUAAGAAAAGCACAACAACAGUAGAAAUACAUUUAUUAGAUGCCAAUGAUAAUAAUCCACAGUUUGUUCCUGAAAGCAUAUAUAAUUUUCAUGCUACAGAGCUUGAACUUCCUGGAACUAUUAUUGGCAAUGUAAGAGCAAUUGAUCCUGAUUUGGGUAAUAAUGGAUUAGUGCAAUAUUCUAUUCAGCAAGACAGUGUAGGAAAGAGUGUACCAUUCAGAAUUACUUCAUUGAAUGGCUCUGUUGUCAUAACUGAAGCAUUCAGUAAAAUAACUAAGAAACCUACUCGAUAUACUUUCUUUGUAUUAGCUACUGACAGAGCAUCAAUUGAAUCUGAAAGGAGGACGUCAACAGCUGUUGUAAAUGUUGAUAUUAUAGAUGUGAAUAAUAAUCCACCAGAAUUUAUAGGAGCACCAUAUGAAGCUUUUAUUGGUGAAUCAUUACCACCUGGUGCAUUUGUCUAUCAGCUUCAAGCAAGAGAUACUGAUGUUAAUACUGUAUUAAGUUAUAAUAUUGUUGGUGGAAAUGAUGAAAAUCAGUUUACCAUUGAUCCUAAAACAGGGAGAAUACAUACAGCUGUUGUUAUGGAUUUUGAAAAGAGACAAAGUUAUGAUCUUGUUGUUCAAGCUUCUGAUGGUAUUAAUUCUGUUGUAGCUGGUUUGACUGUACAUAUUGUUGAUAUAAAUGAUCAACAGCCACGUUUCAUUCACAAUAUUUACAAUUUUAGUGUUUUUGAAGAAUUGCAAGCAAAUUUGACAGUUGGUUCAGUUCUGGAUGUGUUCAGGAUUGAUAAUGCAAGUGGAACACUGAUAUUGAUUUCUCUAUUGGAUUAUGAAAGUAAAGAUAAACAUAGCUUUACUGUUUAUGCUACUGAUUCUGGUCAACCACCAUUAACUGGGUCUGCUUUUGUAACCAUCAAAGUUCAGAAUAUUAAUGAAUUUGCUCCAGAAUUUAUGGGUUUGCCAUAUGAUUUCUGGGUAGAAGAAAAUGCAAUCAGAGGAACUAGAGUAGGACAAAUAAAAGCUGUUGAUGGAGAUGGAAAUAAUGUAAAAUAUAGUUUAACUGGAGGCGAUGCAGGAUUUUUCUCAAUUGAUGAAAACAUUGGUCAUGUGUAUGUUCAAAAAGAUUUGGAUUCUCGUACAAGUUAUACAUUUAUAGCAAGAGCAACUGAUGAUGGUGUUCCUCAGAAUAACAGUAUUGGAGUUCAAGUAACUAUUCAUGUCAGAGAAAGAAAUGACUAUCCUCCUGUCUUUACUCAACUUACUUAUUAUGGCAAAGUUAAUGAAAAAGAACAAACAAAUUAUCCCAUAGUCAAAGUUCAAGCUAAUGAUAGAGAUCUUCAAAAUAAUAGCCUUACGUAUAUAAUUAAAAGUGGAAAUGAAGAAGGAAUCUUUGCUAUAUCUCCAAGCAGUGGUGAAAUAAGAGUGAUUCCAAAUGAAACUCAUAAACUUGAUUAUGAUCGCAAAAAGAAUUAUAUUUUAUUAGUUGAAGCAAGAGAUUCUCAUACAAGUCCAUUAUAUGGUUUAGCUGUUGUAAUGAUUGAAGUACUUGAUGUAAAUAAUCAUCCUCCUGUCUUUUCUCAAACUUCAUAUUCUGCAUUUUUACCAGAAAACUUGCCAGCAGGACAUUGUUUUUUAAAAACUCAUGCAAAUGGAGGUGAUACUGUUGAUAUCAUAUCAUAUUCGAUAGAUAAAAACAACAUUCCAUUCACCAUAAAUCCGAAAACUGGAGAUAUCUGUCUAAAACAGUCACUUGAUAGAGAAGCAAAAGAUAAUUUUGAUUUUAUAGUAAAAGCCUAUGAUGGAGUUUAUGAGACUAGAGUUCCUGUCAUUGUACAAGUUGAAGAUGAAAAUGAUAAUCCACCAAAAUUUGAAAGAGAUCGAUAUGUUGUGAGCAUUCCACCUCAUUCUACGGCUGGAAGAAUCAUUGUGCAAGUACAAGCAAUUGAUCCAGAUUUGGCAAGUAAUGGAGAAAUUACAUAUUGGAUUAAAAAUACUCAUGGAUUAUUUGAAGUUGAUUCUCAGACGGGAGUUGUUCGUUUAAUGACAUCUCUUCCUAAAAUUAGUCAAAGAAAUACAACAUAUGAAAUGGAAGUUUUUGCACGUGAUCAUGGUGCUACAUCUAAUAUUGGAAAAACAAUGGUUAUAGUGCGUGUUUCUACAAUGAGAAAUAAUCCUCCAAAAUUUGAAAAACUUGGAUAUUCUGUAUCAGUAGAUGAAAAUCGUGCUAAUGUACCUUUAUUAAAUGUUCAUGCCUUUGAUCCUGAUGAUGGUAAAGCUGGAAAAUUAAAAUAUAGAAUAGUGAGAUCUACAGUUCCAAAUGCUUUCAGAAUAGAAGAAGAUACUGGUAAAAUUAUACUUGUUUCAGCUUUAGAUUAUGAAACAACAAAACAUUUAGAAUUGACAGUUGAAGCUCAAGAUGAAUCAAAAGAACCACAAUUUGCUACAACUACUAUUCAGGUAACAGUAAAUGAUAUGAAUGAUAACAGUCCUGUAUUUUUAUCAAUGCCUCAUGUAAUUCGUAUUCCACUUUCUACACUACCCAAACAAGUCAUUUAUACAGUACAAGCAGUUGAUGUAGACAGUGGUGUUAAUAAUAAUAAUGAAAUAAAAUAUGAAAUGAUUCCACCAAGUCCAUUAUUUGCUGUUCAUUCUAAGACAGGACAGAUUUAUGUCACUCAAACAUUAUUACCAAUUACAGAAAAAUUAAAUAUUAUUGCUACAGAUGGUGCAACAUUUCCUCUUUCCAGCACAGCAGAGAUAACUAUUGAAAUAUUCCGAGAUAAUGCUGACGAACCACUUCCAAAAUUUACUUCAACCCAAUAUUUGGUUGAUGUUGAUGGCAUGUUAGAAGUUGGAAGCACUGUCUUAGAUGUCAAAGCAGUUAUUCCAAAUGGAAAUCCAGUAUGGUAUAAUAUUAGUAAACCAACUGGUCCUGCACUUCGGCAAUUUACCAUUAAUCAUAAAACGGGUAAAAUAACAACAGCCACAAAGCUUUCAAAUGAACAUGUGCCAUUUUAUGAUUUUCUUGUUUCUGCUCAUAAUCGAAAUAAUCUAAUGCAGUUUGUUGAAACAUCGGUUGUUGUCAAGAUAAAACCAGAAAGCUUGAGAUGUCCGAAAUUUCCAUUCUCAGAAUACUUUACUUCAAUUAAAGAAACAGCACCACCAGAUAUGGUUGUUUUGCCUACUUUAUUAGUUGAAGAUAUGGCAAUAUUUGAUAAAUUAUCAUACCAAAUAACUGAAGAUAACUCAAAUGAUAACUUUUUUGUGGAUAUUAGAUCAAAUAAUGUUUCAUUACGUGUUAAGAAACCAUUAGAUAGAGAUACAAUGAAUCCAACAUUACACGGAAUGUAUACUCUAGCAAUAACAGCGAGUAAUCAACGUUGUAGUGGAAGUACUUAUGUUAGAAUUUAUGUAGAAGAUGUCAAUGAUAACAGUCCAGUUUUUGAAAAAAGUCUAUUUGUUAUUGAUUUAAAAGAGAAUUCUCAAGCUGGCCAUGUUGUUGCACAGUUAACUGCAACUGAUAGGGAUGAAUUAGAUAAAAGGCUUCGAUACUUUAUUGUAGAUGGAAAUGGAGGACAAGAUUUUCGUAUUGAAGGUAGUACUGGUGUUUUAUCAGUUAAAGUUCCUCCUGAUCGAGAAACCAUUCCAAAAUUUAUGCUGAGAGUAUUAGCUAUAGAUUCUGCCAAUAAUACCGGCUUUGCAGAUGUUCAGAUUAAUAUACUAGAUGAAAAUGAUUGGACUCCAACUUUUUCAAAUGAAACUUAUUUAUUAAAUGUCACAGAAGGAACAGCAAGUAUUGGUACAAAAAUGUAUCUUCCUGUAGUUGAUAAAGAUGAAGGAUUAAACAGUGAAAUGGACAUUUUCAUUGAAGAAGGAAAUAGUGAAAAAUUAUUUAAAUUAGAACCAUAUGAGAAAGGAGCAGUUUUAACAGUUAUUAAAGAAUUGGAUAGAGAGCAGUUUGGUGUUACUGAUACAGCACUUCGUUUAGUAUUAAUUGCUGCUAAGGAUAGAGGAAUACCACCUCUAACUGGGACAACAACAGUAGCUGUUGUUAUACAUGAUAUUAAUGAUAGUCCUCCAGUUUUUGACAAAGAAAUAUAUUAUAAAUUUAUUUCUGAAAAUGUACCUGUUGGAGCAAUUAUAACAACAAUGGUUGCUAAAGAUGCAGAUGCUGAUUACAACACAGAUAUGAAAUAUUCAUUUGCACCUGAUACUGGAAAUGUUCCAUUCAGUAUUGAUCCUAAAUCUGGAUUAGUGAAUGUUACUCGACAAUUAGAUAUAUCAGAAAGUAGAGAGUAUGCUAUAACAGUGGAAGCUUUUGAUGGACUAUGGACAAGUGAGACACAAUUAAAUAUUUUUGUGCAAGAAGCUGAAGAAAGAGAUCCACGUUUCCAUCAACUACAGUACAGAUUUUCUGUGCUUGAGAAUAUUGUUGGUGCUAAAGUAGGACAAGUCGAAUUACAAGCAAGAAUGCAGAGACUUUUUAGUCAGACAAAGUAUAGCAUAGUUAAUGUUGAUUUAAGGAGACUCUUUAAUAUUACAAAGGAUGGUUAUAUUUUCACAAAAGUUGGAUUAGAUAGAGAAAAACGAAGCCAAUAUACUUUCACUGUUAUGUUGCAAGAACGAAAACCAUCUACUAAAGUGAGUGUUUGUGAAGUUACUGUUGAUGUUUUGGACGUCAAUGAUGAAAUACCAACAUUUAAACACUCAUAUGAAGGAAAAAUUAAAGAAAAUUCUCCACCAGGAACCGCAGUUGUUAUUGAUCCAGCAAUACAAGCAAUUGAUAAAGAUAGUGGAAAUAAUUCUAUUAUUCGUUAUUCUUUAAGUGGAAAAGGAAGUGAUUUAUUUUCUAUUCUGGAGAAUGGUAUUGUGGUUUAUACUAGUUCAGAUCCCCUUGGAGUUUUAGAUAGAGAACGUCAAGAAGUUUAUAAUCUAAAGGUUACAGCUACUGAUUUGGGAAAUCUCAGUUCAUCGACUCAACUUACUAUAAAUAUAGAAGACGAAAAUGAUAAUGUUCCAGUUUUCCAACACGGUCCUCUUCGUAUAUUAUUACCAGAAACAGCUCGUCCAGGUUCAAAAAUAGCAGAAGUGAGAGCACUAGAUGCUGAUGGUAAAGGACCUAAUAGUAAAGUUGAAUAUUUUAUCACUUCUGGUGAUAAAGGAGAAGUUCGAGUAGACCGACAAACUGGUGAACUGUAUGUUGUCAGCAAACUAAAACCAAGUUCUGCAAUACUUUUAAAUAUUACUGCAGUAGAUGGGCAUGGUUUAGCAUCUUUCACUAAAGUAAACAUAACCAUUGUUGAUGUAAAUGAUCAUCAUCCAACUUUUGUGAAAUCGGAAUAUACUUUUACUGUCAAAGAAGGAAAUUAUACUGGUAAACGUCUUCAACUUGGUGUUCUGCAUGCGGUUGAUCAAGAUACAGGCAAAAAUGGAUUAGUUGACUAUACAAUAGUUAAAACCAUUGAUAAAGAUUUUCCAUUUUCUGUUGAUGUUCAGACAGGAGAAUUGUUUGCAAGAGGAAUAAUUGAUCGUGAGAGUAAACCUAUUUAUCGCUUCACUGUUAUGGCAUUAGAUUACGGUGAACCUCCACAAAACUCUACCAUCAAUGUAACCAUAGAAGUACAGGAUGUCAAUGAUGAAAGUCCACGAUUUUUUACUGAUCCUUAUUUGGCACAAGUAUUUGAAAAUUUAGAUCCUGGACAAGAAGUUACACGCAUCACAGCAUAUGACUCGGAUUCUAACUUGAAUGGACAAGUCUUUUAUAAAUUAGGAGAUGGCCAUGAAAAUAAAUUUUAUAUUGACAGUAAAGAUGGAACUAUUUGGACUCUUGCGAAACUGGAUUAUGAAAAGAAGCCUUUCUACAAUAUGUCAGUUAUAGCUUAUGAUCAAGGUGUUCCUAGUUUAUCUUCUACUGCCAAGUUAUGGGUGACAGUUAUAGAUACAAAUGAUGCAAUUCCUGAAUUUGCAAAAUCGGUAUAUACAUUAGAAGUUGCUGAAAAUAGACAACCUGGUGACAUUGUUUUUACACUUGAUGCAGGAGAAGGAGAAUUUACAUAUAUUCUGAAUAUUAGUUUCAAAAGUAUUUUGUCUGAUUUUAGGCAAUAUGAAUACAUAUUAAAAGUUGUUGUCAAGAUAAAACCAGAAAGCUUGAGAUGUCCGAAAUUUCCAUUCUCAGAAUACUUUACUUCAAUUAAAGAAACAGCACCACCAGAUAUGGUUGUUUUGCCUACUUUAUUAGUUGAAGAUAUGGCAAUAUUUGAUAAAUUAUCAUACCAAAUAACUGAAGAUAACUCAAAUGAUAACUUUUUUGUGGAUAUUAGAUCAAAUAAUGUUUCAUUACGUGUUAAGAAACCAUUAGAUAGAGAUACAAUGAAUCCAACAUUACACGGAAUGUAUACUCUAGCAAUAACAGCGAGUAAUCAACGUUGUAGUGGAAGUACUUAUGUUAGAAUUUAUGUAGAAGAUGUCAAUGAUAACAGUCCAAAUUCUCAAGCUGGCCAUGUUGUUGCACAGUUAACUGCAACUGAUAGGGAUGAAUUAGAUAAAAGGCUUCGAUACUUUAUUGUAGAUGGAAAUGGAGGACAAGAUUUUCGUAUUGAAGGUAGUACUGGUGUUUUAUCAGUUAAAGUUCCUCCUGAUCGAGAAACCAUUCCAAAAUUUAUGCUGAGAGUAUUAGCUAUAGAUUCUGCCAAUAAUACCGGCUUUGCAGAUGUUCAGAUUAAUAUACUAGAUGAAAAUGAUUGGACUCCAACUUUUUCAAAUGAAACUUAUUUAUUAAAUGUCACAGAAGGAACAGCAAGUAUUGGUACAAAAAUGUAUCUUCCUGUAGUUGAUAAAGAUGAAGGAUUAAACAGUGAAAUGGACAUUUUCAUUGAAGAAGGAAAUAGUGAAAAAUUAUUUAAAUUAGAACCAUAUGAGAAAGGAGCAGUUUUAACAGUUAUUAAAGAAUUGGAUAGAGAGCAGUUUGGUGUUACUGAUACAGCACUUCGUUUAGUAUUAAUUGCUGCUAAGGAUAGAGGAAUACCACCUCUAACUGGGACAACAACAGUAGCUGUUGUUAUACAUGAUAUUAAUGAUAGUCCUCCAGUUUUUGACAAAGAAAUAUAUUAUAAAUUUAUUUCUGAAAAUGUACCUGUUGGAGCAAUUAUAACAACAAUGGUUGCUAAAGAUGCAGAUGCUGAUUACAACACAGAUAUGAAAUAUUCAUUUGCACCUGAUACUGGAAAUGUUCCAUUCAGUAUUGAUCCUAAAUCUGGAUUAGUGAAUGUUACUCGACAAUUAGAUAUAUCAGAAAGUAGAGAGUAUGCUAUAACAGUGGAAGCUUUUGAUGGACUAUGGACAAGUGAGACACAAUUAAAUAUUUUUGUGCAAGAAGCUGAAGAAAGAGAUCCACGUUUCCAUCAACUACAGUACAGAUUUUCUGUGCUUGAGAAUAUUGUUGGUGCUAAAGUAGGACAAGUCGAAUUACAAGCAAGAAUGCAGAGACUUUUUAGUCAGACAAAGUAUAGCAUAGUUAAUGUUGAUUUAAGGAGACUCUUUAAUAUUACAAAGGAUGGUUAUAUUUUCACAAAAGUUGGAUUAGAUAGAGAAAAACGAAGCCAAUAUACUUUCACUGUUAUGUUGCAAGAACGAAAACCAUCUACUAAAGUGAGUGUUUGUGAAGUUACUGUUGAUGUUUUGGACGUCAAUGAUGAAAUACCAACAUUUAAACACUCAUAUGAAGGAAAAAUUAAAGAAAAUUCUCCACCAGGAACCGCAGUUGUUAUUGAUCCAGCAAUACAAGCAAUUGAUAAAGAUAGUGGAAAUAAUUCUAUUAUUCGUUAUUCUUUAAGUGGAAAAGGAAGUGAUUUAUUUUCUAUUCUGGAGAAUGGUAUUGUGGUUUAUACUAGUUCAGAUCCCCUUGGAGUUUUAGAUAGAGAACGUCAAGAAGUUUAUAAUCUAAAGGUUACAGCUACUGAUUUGGGAAAUCUCAGUUCAUCGACUCAACUUACUAUAAAUAUAGAAGACGAAAAUGAUAAUGUUCCAGUUUUCCAACACGGUCCUCUUCGUAUAUUAUUACCAGAAACAGCUCGUCCAGGUUCAAAAAUAGCAGAAGUGAGAGCACUAGAUGCUGAUGGUAAAGGACCUAAUAGUAAAGUUGAAUAUUUUAUCACUUCUGGUGAUAAAGGAGAAGUUCGAGUAGACCGACAAACUGGUGAACUGUAUGUUGUCAGCAAACUAAAACCAAGUUCUGCAAUACUUUUAAAUAUUACUGCAGUAGAUGGGCAUGGUUUAGCAUCUUUCACUAAAGUAAACAUAACCAUUGUUGAUGUAAAUGAUCAUCAUCCAACUUUUGUGAAAUCGGAAUAUACUUUUACUGUCAAAGAAGGAAAUUAUACUGGUAAACGUCUUCAACUUGGUGUUCUGCAUGCGGUUGAUCAAGAUACAGGCAAAAAUGGAUUAGUUGACUAUACAAUAGUUAAAACCAUUGAUAAAGAUUUUCCAUUUUCUGUUGAUGUUCAGACAGGAGAAUUGUUUGCAAGAGGAAUAAUUGAUCGUGAGAGUAAACCUAUUUAUCGCUUCACUGUUAUGGCAUUAGAUUACGGUGAACCUCCACAAAACUCUACCAUCAAUGUAACCAUAGAAGUACAGGAUGUCAAUGAUGAAAGUCCACGAUUUUUUACUGAUCCUUAUUUGGCACAAGUAUUUGAAAAUUUAGAUCCUGGACAAGAAGUUACACGCAUCACAGCAUAUGACUCAGAUUCUAACUUGAAUGGACAAGUCUUUUAUAAAUUAGGAGAUGAUGGAACUAUUUGGACUCUUGCAAAACUGGAUUAUGAAAAGAAGCCUUUCUACAAUAUGUCAGUUAUAGCUUAUGAUCAAGGUGUUCCUAGUUUAUCUUCUACUGCCAAGUUAUGGGUGACAGUUAUAGAUACAAAUGAUGCAAUUCCUGAAUUUGCAAAAUCGGUAUAUACAUUAGAAGUUGCUGAAAAUAGACAACCUGGUGACAUUGUUUUUACACUUGAUGCAGGAGAAGGAGAAUUUACAUAUAUUCUGAAUAGUAAAACAGAUGAUAUUUCUUAUCAUCUUGCUUAUGAUGAAGCAUUAGUGGUGAUUGAAGUAGGUGAUGAGAAUGAUAAUCCUCCCAUUUUUGAAACAAAUGGUAAACCUGUUGUUGCAGCUGUUCCUUUAGAAGCCAGUUUUGGUUAUCAAGUUGUAAAAUUAAAG